UGUACAGGGUGUUCCAGAAUAACCUUUCACAUUUUGGUGAGCACUGAUCUGCGUUCAAAUGGUGUUAGGGGAAUGGUAAAAGCGGUUCCAGGUAGCCAACACAUGCCGAAUUAUGUUUCAGUAUUAAUUUUUUACCAUGGAGAAGUGGACGGCUGUGCAGCGCGCUUUUAUUGUAAAGGCCUUUUUCAAAAAUAAUGACUCUUACAUUAGUGCAAUUCGUGCCUUCCGCAAACAUUUUAAACUUACCGCCUACAGGUCGGAAAAGAUCAGUAAGAACGCCAGAAACAACGGACCGAGUAAGGCAUUCAGUACAGACUACCCCUACCACUUCAAUACGUAAACGAGCGUUAAAUUUAAAAAUCAAACCAACUUCUCUGCAACGAAUUUUAUCUGAAGACCUCAGUUUCCAUCCAUAUAAGAUUUUAAUCAUUCAAAAGUUACAAAAAACUGAUUUUGUGAGAAGAAAAUCAUUUGCCGAGGAUAUGCUUACAAGAAUUGAUACUGGUGAGAUUCCAUUGAACUCGUUACUCUUUACUGAUGAAGCUCAUUUUUAUCUAAACGGUGAUGUGAAUAAACAAAAUAUGCGCUACUGGUCGACAGAGAAUCCGAUGAUAAUACAUGAGAAACCUCUACACUCCGCUAAGUUGACUGUUUGGAUGGGCGUGGCUAAAUUCGGUAUAGUGGGACCGUAUGUGUUUGAUGAAACGGUGAACGGUGAGAGGUAUCGCAAAAUGUUAAACGAGUUUCUCAUUCCUGAAUUGAAACGCAGACACAAGUAUAGAGUUACUUGGUUCCAACAGGAUGGCGCUACCUGUCAUUCCGCAACGGACACGAUUUCUUUAUUGCGUGAGCAUUUUGGUCAUCGAAUAAUUUCGCUGAACACAGAAAUUUCAUGGCCACCUCGAUCCCCUGAUUUUUCAGUAUGUGAUUUUUUUUUAUGGGGUUACCUCAAGUCAAAAGUAUAUCAAGAUGAUCCUAGGACUCUGAAACAGCUCCUAGAUAAUAUUAUUCGUGAAUCAAGACUGAUUAGAAGAGAAAUGCUCAACAAAGUGUUCAAUAAUUUUAAAAAACGUUUGGUCGAUUGUGUCAAAAAUGAUGGAAAACAUCUUGGUGGAAUAAUUUUUAAAACUUAAUUUAUAAUGAAAACUCAAAUGUAUGGUCUAAAAACGGCACAUUUCUACUUCAUUUUGGUUAUAAAAAAAUUUCCGUAACCAUUUUUCUCUCAGAGCUACUAAUAAAACAAAAGUGAAAGGUUAUUCUGGAACACC